ACAAAGCCACACAUUUCCUGGUCUGUCUGUAGAGAGGAGGUGUAUUCCAGGCAUGACCUCUUCAUUGGAAGAAGAGUUGAAGACUCUUUUAGAUGGCGGUAGUCUACCAGUGCCUGACACAUACGAUGUGGCAUCUGAAAAACCACGGCCCUUACGACUGAGAUAUAGUGUAUGCUACAUCGUAAUGGGGGUAUUAUUAAAUGAACAGGAUGAAGUACUCAUGAUGCAGGAGGCAAAGUCUGAGUGCUGGGGGAGUUGGUACCUUCCUGCAGGAAGGUUGGAGAGAGGAGAGACACUAGUGGAAGGUCUGUGCCGGGAGGUCAAGGAAGAAACUGGUCUCCUGUGUGAACCUCUCACUUUACUGGCUGUGGAAGAGAGAGGAGCCGCCUGGGUCCGUUUUGUAUUCUUGGCCAAGGAAACAGGUGGUUCUCUGAAGUCUCCUGCCUCUGCAGACUCUGAAUCUCUUCAAGCAUCAUGGUGGGACAAGGUUUCUCCACUUCCUCUCCGCUGCAAGGACAUUCUCCCCAUCAUUCAGCUGGCUCUAGGGUACCAACGGUUUCCAGUGCACCCUUCUAUUCUGCCUAUGGUAGCGCCAACUCCCUAUCUAGUACUGCGAUUAGUUUUGCUGUGCCUGUGUCCAGGUGGAGAAAUGUGGAUUCUACAGAGCUCAACAGAACUUCCUCAUCUUCCUCUUGUUCUGUGUACACAACACAGGAGAAGCAUCCUUGCUUCAUUACAAUACUUCCUGAGGGACCCACCACAGUCAUGUGGCUUGCUUGGAGUGCAACAUCAAGGUGGGGAUGGGGCAGAUGGGGUGUGCUUUAACAUCAUGGGGGGGAUAGAGGUCUCGGAACCUCCUCCGAUCACCACAGAAAGACUCUGCUGGACACUUGUGGAGAAUGAAGACCUGAAACAGAGACUUAAACACACACUAAGAGAGAACAAACUGCUGCCGUUAUACAGCUAAGGGCAUAGAAUAUAGUUGUAAAGUCAGUAACAUAGGAAAAAAAAAAAAUAUAUAUAUAUACAUAUACAUACACACAUAUUUAAUAUGGAAUGAAUAUACUCAGUAAAGAUUAAAAAUGUUACUUAAAUUGGUUAUUAGACAUUAAACACUUGAUUGUAAAUAAUAAACAAAGUAAAACAUUACAUUUUUUGGUAGACUUAGCAGCUGCACAAUCCAAGAAGUCUCUUGGGUCCUCAGUCUCUUAGCUUUUUAUCAGAAAGGGAGGGAUUAGGAUAUUGCUAACACCCACUAGGGAGGAACCAGAUGAAAUGGCCAAUUAACUUACUAGAAAGUAAGUUGUCUGGUGGGGGGUCGCUACAUACAGGAUCCUUAAACUGAUGUCACUUCCUGCUAAAAACACAUGGCAUAUUUCCAACACUCUACAUUUUGGAAAAUGUACAGCUCACCCUUUGUUUAGUGGGGACACCUAGUGGUGGGAUAUAAUAUUGCAUGCUAUAAUGGCAGCAAUGGAUUUUCCAAUGGCAAUAGUUCGGCAUGGAUACAAUGUUGCUGCUAUAUAUAGAUAAUUAUGAACAGACAAGUCUAGAGAUUUAAAAUGAGGCUGCACUUAUAGAGUUAUACAACUCAAAACAUGCAUGCUGUUUGAAAUAUAGCCAUAAACACAGAUCUAUAUGCAUAUUUAAACCACAUAUAUAUUUUGCUUAAGCCUAAAUCUAUUUAAAAGGAACACAAACCUCUACUGUAGCAUAUAGAUAGAUAAAAGAAAAUGUGUGAGCAUCUGUUUGUGUGUAAAGGCAAAAAGUGACAACAGUACUAUUUUUAUACAUACAUAUUUUAAUAUUUUGAAUUCAUAGUCAUUCAACAUAAAACAGCAUAUAUGCAAAAUAAUUUGUUUUAAUUUUAUGUUUACAUUUGUAUUACACAGUUCUCUAUACACAGUAACUACAUAUGUACAUAGCUCUGUACAGGCUUAUGUACAAUGUGUCAUAACCUGUAUGUAUAUGCAAUAAAUAGAAUGGCUUGUA